UCCGGGCAAACUCGAGCAGACGCACGUCUGGCAGACAGGACAAGUGCACUGAAGGACUAUUGUGGACGAGUCAUCAAAAUGAAAAGGAAUCACGAUUUUAGCUCUUCGGAUAGCGAGCUGGAUGAGACUAUUGAGGUGGAGAAGGAGAGCGCCGACGAGAAUGGGAGUAUGAGCUCUCCUCUCGGCUCCAUGUCUCCCACAACAUCAACUCAGGUGCAAGCCAGGAAGCGGCGUCGAGGAAUAAUCGAGAAGCGGCGCCGUGACAGGAUCAACAACAGUCUCACCGAGCUCCGGAGGCUGGUGCCCAGCGCCUUUGAGAAACAGGGCUCAGCCAAACUGGAGAAAGCAGAGAUUUUGCAGAUGACUGUCGACCACCUUAAGAUGCUUCAUGCUGCUGGAGGCAAAGGUUAUUUUGACGCCCAUGCCCUGGCGAUGGAUUACCGUGGCUUGGGUUUCAGGGAGUGCCUUGCUGAGACCGCCCGCUACCUGAGCAUCAUCGAAGGCUUGGACAGCACCGACCCACUGCGGAUCCGCCUGGUCUCCCACCUCAACAACUACGCCAGUCAGAGAGAGGCGCACACCGGCCUCAGUCACCUGGCAUGGGGUUCUGCGUUCGGAUCCCCUGCCGCCCACCUGGCCCAUCCACUGCUUCUGCAGCACCAACAGGCGGCGCCACUGGCAGCUUUACCCCGCAGCACCACCAACAGACCUCAGACUCCUUCAUCUACAUCCACUUCGUCUUCCUCCUCCUCAUCGGCUUCAUCGGUAGCAGACACUCCCAUUCCAGGCAGGCGCAGUGGCACUGCCACCCCCCACUCAGAGCAGGGGCCUAUCAGGGUUCCCCCCACCACCGCCGCUCCCACCACCGUCCUGCACCCCGCUUUGGUCCCCUCAUCAGCGUCCAAGCUCUCUCCCCCUCUGCUCUCCUCCCUGUCGGCGUUCCCCUUCCCCUUCAGCGCUUUCCCCAUCGUCUCCCCCACCGCUGCCAUCAGUCCCCCGGCUCCUGCGUCCAGUGUUGGGAAACCCUACAGACCGUGGGGUAUGGAAAUAGGAGCUUUCUGACUGAACUGAAAAACUCAAUACAACAUCCCCCAGACUGAACUCACAACCCAGCUGAGCUGGACAUUCAUGGACAAGACUUUUUUCUUGCUAAAAAAAAAAAAAAAAUACUAUUUUUUCUAUGAUGUUGCCAUCCUAUAGAGGAUAUAGCUAUAGGAUUUUUAUUUUGUUGAUAAUGUAUUUUGUUGUAUAGAAAAAAAAACAGUGAGGAGGGAGACCACAACUAAAAGCAACAAGAGUGAUUUAUUGUGUUGAUUGAUCUCUGUUCCCGCCCUCCCCUUUAGAAGUUUCAAACACUGUUGUCAGCCUAUCAGGGAUGGUUUUUCCAGAUGGUCAAGCAGUCGCCUGUCAAGUUUCUGGGCGAAACUGUCCCCCUUUGUUUUCCCAGUGAGCCGAAACACACUGUAUUGGUACCCAAGCACAGAGAGCAAGAGAGAGGCGUGAAAGGAGGCUUUAGGUGGUUCAGGGUCGCCUCUUUUUACGGCAUUUUAUGGGGUGGAAUAACCGAAACCAGGUGUUUGUUUGACUAAAUACUGGGAACAGAAGUUAGCUCGCAGCUUGUUUGAAAUAAACCCAUGAUUUACCCGCAAUCUCUUAUGGUCAUAUGGUGCGCCAUUGUUUUAGCUUGCUUUCUCAAUUUAUAUUUUCUCUCCACAGUAAAUUCUGUCCUUUUAAAUCGGCAAUAAACACUGUUACAAUCAAGGCCUGA